AUGUGCGGCGCGAUAAUCGCGCUAGCGCCGGCGUGUGGACGACAGUUUUUGACGACCGCCGCAGCCACAUGGCAACCCCCCUUCUUCCUGCGGGUGAUUGACCCAGUUGGGGCCGCUGCGGUACUUGGCGCGAUAAUCGCGCUGUUAGGAUGUUGUUUCGGGCCAUAUGGCCGGGCCGGCGCAGAUAUUCUGCGCCGGCGCAGGACUCCCCCCUCUUCUCCCACACACACCACCACCGCCACAGCUCCCUCCACCAACAUCACCAUCACCACCCCGGCUGCCGCUCCCUCCUCCAAUCCCGCAGCCCCCCCCCCCGAGGCCGCCCAUGCCCCCCAAGUGUCGUGGGUUAGACGAGAGGAAGGCGUAGGAAAGAAACCUCUUGCUCGUGGAAGAUACCUGGAAAAGUACCCCGAAGAUGCAGACAAGGCUUCCCUCAUCUUCAAGAUUGGGGCUGAUCUUGCUUCCCCGGAAUUCACAGAUAGCUGA